AUGCUGAUACUUAGUGUCAUUUGCCGUUUUGUGGUACCACUUUACUUAUUUCCAACGCGACCUCUCUCUCUUUCUUUCUUUCUUUUUUUCUGCACUUCUCUGUACUGCUCCACCAGUACCGCUUGGCUCUGCCUUUGCCUGGUUUCCUCAACUUCUGUCGGUGUCAAGCUUCUAGAGACGAGUGCCAAUGACGCUGCCGCCGUUCAAUUGCUUGUUGGUCGUCCCGGAGCCUCUUGUAUUCGCGAGCCUGAGCGCUGGGAGACCGACCGAGGCGAUCGGACAAACGUAGGCGGACAAACGUCUGUCGACAACCAGUCGGGCAGACUUAACGACGGCUCUUCUGCCGGACGCCGGCCAGCGCCGUUCUGGUUGCCUGUCCGGACGAACCGAGUGAACACUUGGCGUCCGUGUCCGCUGCCUGUGGCCUCUGCGCCAGUUCAACUGGCCGACCUGACGACAGAUCAUGCGGUACAUGCUGCAUGUGUGGAGCGUCAAAAUGACGCACCCUCUGCCCAGAGCCAGAGACGGCAAGACGGCACGACUGGAUGCGCAGUCCAGGUCGAAGGUAGGUACCGAGAGAAACGCGAAAUGACAAUACCUGGCAUCUCUGGCGACAAGCUGGAAUUGUCCGGUUCACUUGGAGUGUACCAAAUACACUCUAAGAAGCUGGAAAGUGUCUUCCUCAUAUCUCUCGUCCAUUGGUACUGA